AAAAAUAAAGGCAACCGUUAAGUUUGCGCUCCAAAUAUAAAUCAGAUUUCAUAAGUGAAUGUGAAAUGAAACUUGACAACUUGCAACAUGUGGACUAAGUAUGCCGACAAUGAAUAUUGAAAAUUGCCGAGAGCAACAGAAUUCAGCUACCGAAAUGUGUGCAACAACAACGUGGCUAAGUGCAACGACUAUUUGACAAGAGCUGUUAGUCCACAAAAUGGCCAUAGCGCAUGCGCAAAGGCAAAGUGUUGAAUAUGUAAAAAUUUGGAAGCAUAUCAAAUGGCGACGUGACUGCAAUUGUAAACCGAGUUUAGUAUUGUGAGAAAAACUGAGUAGAGUAGCAAGCGCAGGAAGUUGGCAAAAUUUCAGUUUUUCAGUGUGGGACAAAAAAGUGGAAAGUUUUGAGGUUAUACCUUUAAAUUGCCGUACUUAACUGUUUUCAAACACUAAACCACUGUUGUGAUAAGAUAAAAAAAAAUAAGUGAACGCACAACUCAAAUUCAAAGCAAAGUUUCAGACAACUCAAACUAUCAGUGCCAUCAAUAGAAUUAACCCCCCUAGGAGCACCACACUUGCACCCUACGAAAUAAAAGAAGCUUCGAAACAUAUCUUACUGCUGCCAACAAAUGCAUAACGGAAUACUGUAAAAGCAGAAACCGUUAUAAGCAGAAACGAUAACGCCACCACCGAAAAAAAGGUUCCAAAAAGAAAUUAAAAAAAAAAAAUACUCGAAAAUUAAAAUAAAAAAUCAACAAAGCAAAGCAAGCAGCUAACCAAAUGACAAUAUCAAAUCGUUUGAAUCGCAGACGAAAUAUCAACAGUAAUAACGGUAACAAUAACGUUGCUGGCGACACUGAGUUAUUGCUGCAAACAACACCAAAAUCCAUCAGCAGCCCAGCAGGCUUUCAACCUGAGAGCGGUGACACGCGGCGCAGCGCGACAGGCGGGCGUAUAAAGCGCUUGCAACGACCAACAACACUAACAAAUACUUCCGUGCUCAACCAGCAGUCGACGAGUAUAACAACUGAAAUGAACACAAACAUUGCUACAGUGAAAGAAAAUCCACGCGGCAAUCCGAAUACCGCCGCGCGCAUGACUAAAAUUCUGCCGGGGAAAUCGCUCAAAUAUGAGCGACUCAUAAAUCAAACGACGAGAACGCGCACGCCAACAAAGGCAGUUGACAUAACGUCCGAGGCGGCGGCACUAAAUGCCAACGGUAAUGAGUGGCUGGCGCAAAGGCAGCCUGAACAGAAACAGCAGCAGCAACAAUGGCGCUUGGAAGAUCAGCCAACGGCAGAGCCGUGGUACGAGCAUUCAUCUACAGCGCAAUCUAUAACGCCGGCCAGCACAGCUGCACCAGCCACACGUCUAGCUGCGGUAAGCCCAGCAUCGAGAGAGACGACGGCGGCGGCGGCGACGACGAUGAAAAAUUGGCAAACACAUUUGGAAGGCGCGGAAAUGCAUUUAUCACCAGCAGCCACAGUCAUAGCCACAGCUUCAGCCAUGGACGUAGUGAAUGCGAAUGCCAAAGCGACGCCGCAUGCCAAAGUUGGUAGCCGAAGAGGAAACGCUAGUGGAAAUGGUGGCAAUAGCUGGAGUGGCAAUUAUCAACAGCAGCAUCCGUAUCCGACGCCGUCAGCAACAGCGGCAGCAACAACAACAACACUGCAGCUAUGCACACAAAGUCGUCGGGGCAGCAGCAACAAUGGCGAUGGUUGUGGCGACUUUGCCAACAUGACCACCGGUAAUGGCAACAGUUAUGGCGGCGGCGGCGGCAACAAAACGAGCAGCACGAGUAACAAUGGCAAUGGCCGCCCUGGUAAUAGCUUGAAAUAUUUUGGCAAUAGUGACACGAGUAAUGGCUCAUCUGCGUCCGACACGGACGCACUCCUGCCCGAUGCUGAUGCCACAGCGCCCGCCUACCAACAUUCUACCACCACCACCGCUAACGCAAACACCAGCAGGCCAAACAAUGGCAACAGCAAUAGUAAUGCCAAUUUGGCGAGAAACAGCAAAGGUUUCUACCAUACCUUAACCACCACGACCACCACCAGCAGCGCCGGCGCCAGCAAUAACUACGAGCCAGCUGCCACAACGCAACCAAACUCUUCGCCGUCGUACUACACAUCGUCCGCGUCGCCAGCAUCAGCGCGUUCGGCCUCCUCACCCGCCGCUCUGUACACAUCCAACGGUGCCUCUUUAUUGGCAUCGUCGUACUCGGUGUCGGUGUCGGUGUCGGGGUCGGGGUCGGGGUCCGGCGCUGGGUACGGGUCAUCAUCCGGCGCCGUUGCAUUGGUGUGUAAUUGUUGCAGUCAUUUAAUUGCUCGCUGCUGCUUCGGUAUGCCUCUGUUGAAGGCUAUCAAUGUGCGACGGUGUGUGCUGGCGUUAUUCGCCAUAACGGUCGUUACGAUUUUUUACUACACUCAUUACGUCGAUACGGGCGUUUUUGUUGGGUAAGUAGUAAAUGGCAGGGCGAGCACAAAAAGCGAGCUUACACAAU